GUCCGUUUCGUGUACAUCUCUAUUAGAUAGAUACUAGUAAUUCUUCGUGCUGUUUUUCGACCGUGACGCGUUCGUCCACGUGAUCUCGUCAUCAAACUUUGCAAUCUCUCCAACACCGUCGUUGCCCAAGCUUGACCCAGCCUCUGGGGUGGCUUCCACCAGAAUUUUUCAAUCGUGACAUCGAAUCGUCGGAAUCAAGACACUUCUUUCGAAAGCAUGAAAUAAUAGAAUGUCUGUGUCGUCUUCCAAUACGCUUUCUCCCUUGCGCAGCACGGAAGAUUCGGUUCAUACAACGAAGCACCACUCCCUCAGCAUCCCACCUGAACUCAUCGACGAAAUCAUCGAUUACCUCUGGGAUGACAAAGACGCGCUUAUUGCCUGUUCUUUUGUCUGCCAACUGUUCUACCUCCGCACCCGCGUACACCUUUUGCACAGCAUCGAGCUCAAGCACGCACCCGACGAUUCAGCAUCCCAAAGCAUCCUCCCGUACAUCAAGAACAUCACGAUCCGCCGGGGCGCUAGUCCAAUCCCCAGCCUAGCCCCAUUCCUAUCAUCCCUUCCAAACCUAACCGCCCUCAUCCUCGACAGUCUCCAAUUCCCCGAUCCAUGGUCACUCCACCACCUCAUCUGCCAGGUCCCCGGGCUAGCGAGCCUCGAAUUGAGCGCGAUGCGAUUCCGGCAGGAUUUUCUGGUAGAGCUCGGGAGCGUUGGCAGUGGGUUGCUUCCGAAGAUCAACAAGAUAUCGAUGUGGGGGACGUCGUUCCAUGCAUCCGUCGUGGAGUUUCUCAUCCAUCGAAGGGAGCUGCGAGCGGUAUAUGUGGAUUCCCUGCGUGAGCUUUGUGUCAUGUACCCCCCUGGGGAGUACCUCUCUUCGAUAUGCGCAUUUGUUCGUGCGGCGAGAUCACUGAGGAGCUUGGAUAUUCGGAUUCGUCAGACGAUGUAUCGUAUAAACACAAUAUCGGAAUGGUCGACUCAGCCCGACGUGCUUCCUCUAACGAUGCGGAUGUUGAAGAUUGAGAUGGAGUGUGACCGUUCCUGUUGGCAUGUCAAAGCCAUGAGAUGGUUGCUCGAUUCUCUAAUCGGCGCUAAUGAACCUAUCAUGUUGGAGACGCUUACACUGGUGGUAGUGCCCCCCAUAUUUUUGUAUGGCAUUAUGGAUGAUAACGCGUGGGAGAGAAAUGUAUGGGAGAGACAGUGGUCGAGGUUGGACGAGAUCUUGACAGGCUCGGAUAUGAAGAUGUUUCGACGGCUAAAGGUGAUACCCAAGCCUCACGCGCACAUUGAGCGCUUUAUUUUGGAAGGACCGGAUUUCAGAGAGUGGGUCCGUGGAAGGCUCCCGUUCCUAGGCGGGAAGGGCAUGCUCGACAUAGUUACCGUAUGUAGUUCGUGAAUUAGAUAGAGAUGACAAAAUGUAUAUAUCAUUU